UACUAUGAAAUAGUGACAGAAAAUUUCGCGGUGGGUGAGGAUACAGUCCAGAGUAUCGGCGGAUCGGUUUUCUUUCGAUCGCUCAUUCGAUCGUGAGAAGCACGGAAAAUGCGUGCGUAACGUGCUGCUGUUGCGAAAAGUACGAUGAUGAUGUGGAUUGUAGUAUCGUAGCUGGUACCAGUCCAUCAGCACGCAGAAAAAGAGAGAUUGCGAAGAACAGAAAGAGAAGGAGAGAGGCAUGCCAUGUUACGAACGUGUUGCUGAUGCGAUGCAAGCCAGUGAUUCUCACCACGCAUCACGAGGUAACGCAUGGAAGAAGAAGGUUGCUCCUGCGCGUUCCUCGACGUGUAUUCAGUGAGCGUGAAGCCGCGGUGACGUAAACGUGUCUGCAUAAACCUCCUCCGCAAAUACAUAACGAAAAAUAUUCCCAUUUCGGCAACAAGAUGACGAGAAAACUCAGCAAAUUCUUGAUUCUUUUCGAUAACACGAAUCUAUUAUAUUUUCCUGGCCACUUCUUGUCCGGCCGUGUUCUCAUAGAGCUGGACGAUGAAGCUUACGUCUCGGGACUGCAUUUCCAUGUUGUGGGAGAAGGUGUAGUUCGGGUACGUAGUCAACGUGCCGAGAGAGUUUACGACAAAGAAAACUACAUUGAUUUUCGCAUGCGGUUGUUGGGUGAACCAGGCGAAGGACCAUCAUUGCUAUCUCCCGGAAUACAUAGUUUUCCGUUCAAAUUGGGGUUGCCAUUGGGUCUACCUUCCACUUUUCUCGGAAAACAUGGAUGGGUGCAAUAUUAUUGUAAAGCGGCUCUUCGUGAGCCAGGUGGACUUACUCACAAAAAUCAACAAGUUUUCAUCGUCAUGAAUCCGAUUGACUUAAAUCUGGAACCUCCGAUAUUAGCGCAACCUGCAAGGCAGGAGAUUGAACAGCGUGUGGGAGUCUCUUGCGUAUCGGGUGGUCCUGUAUUCUGCAGGGUUAGUCUGGACCGGGGUGGAUAUGUACCUGGGGAAACGAUCGGUAUUUCUGCGACUGUCAGCAAUCGCAGUAAGGUGACGAUGAAAUCAACCAAGGCGUCACUCACCGAAACGAUACAGUAUCUGUGUCGAGGUAAAGUGCUCGCUAGCGAGACUCGCGAGCUGGCUAGCGUUUCUAGGGGGAAGAUUCGGCCAGGUGAGAGCGAGGAAUGGCUAAACGAACAAAUGUACGUUCCUCCGUUGCCGCCGACGAAUCUGAGAGGGUGCCACUUGAUUAACGUUCUUUAUCACGUUUACUUCGUCAUAAGCCCGAAGAGUCUGGACAAAGAAAUCAAAUUACAAAUACCGAUCGUGCUAGCCACGUACCCUUUGAGGCCGGAGGGUGCACCAGUUGGUACGGCACCGUCCAAACGGGGUGCUCAUUAUCCAUCGACGCUACCCAUCUUCCGACCUUGGCUCGACGACAAAGCUUUCGAAAUACAAGAGUGAAAGCGUAAUAUUACGUAUCUAUUAUUGGAUUAUUUCAAAAUUAGUGUCCAAAAAGGUAUUAAUUUUCUGUGAUCGUAGGUCACAUCAGUUGCGCUUCCAUGCGCUUAUGCUAUACUUCCUUCAAAAUUUUCAUCGAUUCUUGUAUUGCUAGUCACAGCAACGUUCAUGUAAAAUUUCAAAGAAUCGAUGGAUAUUUGAAAAUGCUAUAUCUGGUGCAAUUAUACGUACGC